CCGCCUCGUGUUGUGUAUCGCGCUGCACUGUAGUAGCUGGAGCCGCGGCUCCGCGUGUCUCGGUGUGUCUCCCUGUGUCUCUCUGCGUCUCUCUGCGUGUCCCUGUCUCUCAGCGUGUCUCUCCGCGUCUCUCCCUGUCUCUCCCCGUGUCCCUGUCUCUCCCCGUGUCCCCGUCUCUCCGUAUGUCUCUGUCUUAACGUGGCUCCGCCUCUGUACUUGUCCCGGGCCCUGAGUGUCUCGAUCCGUCUUCGCGCUUCUCUGCGUGUCUUGAGUGGUUUUUGUUGUCUCCCCCGUGUCGAAAUACGUGUCUCCGUGUCUCCCCCCACGUCUCUCCGUGUCUCUCCCUGUCUCCGUGUGUCUCCCACACAACCCUCGCGUCUCUCCCGCACGCAUGCUGUCCACCUGCCCGCGUCUGUCUCGGCUCUGGCCUCUGUCGCUCUCCUUGUCUCUGUCUCGAGUCGUCCUCGCCGCCGCCGCCGCCAUGGGGGACAGCUCGUCCCGGGUCUCCAUGGUCUCCCCGGACCGCGCCCUGCCCGGCUCCGUGGAGCGCAUGGCGGUGUCCGCCAAGCACGCGGUGAACGGAAAUCCGGCGGUGGAGCCGUUCCCCGAGGGCCUGCAGCUCGCCACAUUCGGCAUGGGCUGCUUCUGGGGUGCCGAGCGAAUGCUGUGGACGCAGAGCGGAGUCUUCUCCACGCAGGUCGGCUACUCUGGAGGCUCCACGCCGAACCCGUCCUACAAGGAGGUGUGCUCAGGGCUGACGGGGCACACGGAGGUGGUGCGCGUGGUGUUCAACCCCAACGAUACCUCCUUCGAGUCGCUGCUUAAAGUCUUCUGGGAGAGUCACAAUCCAACUCAAGGCAUGCGUCAGGGCAACGACGUUGGGACGCAGUACCGCUCGGCCGUCUACACGCACUCGCAGGAACAACUGGCGGCCGCUAAGACCUCCAGGGACGCGUAUCAGAAGAUGCUGACAACUUCCGGCUUUGGCCAGAUCACCACGGAGAUCCAGAUGUCCGGACCAUUCUACUACGCAGAGGACUACCACCAGCAGUACCUGCACAAGAACCCGGGGGGCUACUGUGGCCUGGGGGGCACUGGCGUCUCCUGCCCCGUGGGCCUGAGGCCCUUAGGUGACCUGUAGGGUGGCAGCGUGCCUGCCCGCCUGUCGCCCACGCUGCUGCCUCUUGACGAAGAUGUAACGAGGCCGAGCGUGGCGGCCCCCACCUCCCUCCCUCUCUUUCUUUUCUUGACGCCCGCCCGCCCACACGGUCGGUUUUCGGCAAGCGAGUUGGCACGGCCGCAAGUGUGAGAAGUGCCGAGGGUUCUUAUCCGGCGUCUCUCUUUUAGUCCCAUAGCGUGGUCGACUGACAACGACGACGGGAAUAACAACAACUUGCAUUUUGCUAUUCGCCCGUAGUGUAACAAACCGUCUCGGGGUGCAGGCGAAGUCGAGGAAACGGGAGGGAAUGGGAGGAGUGAGCUCGGGAAGGAGAGAGCAGCCCAACGCCCUGACAUCGUGCCCUCAAAACUAGAUCACUACUCUCCGCUUGAACUACACCUGCCACAUGAGCCGUCUUAUUGGGGCGCCACGGAGGCGAGGUGUUAACUGCCUCGCCUGGUAUACAGGAGGUCGUGGGUUCGAUCCUGACCCUGACGAAGCCUGCUGCUGUAUAUUUGGAGUUUGCAUGAUCUCCCCGUGGUCGUGUGGAUUUUUCUCCGGGCCCUCAGGUUUUCCCCUCCACAUUUAGAAACGAUUCAGAGUAUUUUGUCUGCUGUUAUAAAUUUGCAUGUGAUAAUGGGCCACUUCGUUGGGCUGUUAUUUGUGAUAGCCAGGUCGCUUCUGAAAAUAAUCUAAUCUAUAUAGCUCAGUGGGCCUUACCUACUAAACUAAAACAAAAUAGUUUAUUUAGUUCGCAUUUAAGACAGCAGUGGCCGUGUAUUGCUGCGACCGCUGCACUCUGAGAACCCCAUCGAGACGCGGUGGCGUUUGGAAGCUAUAAUCCUUCAAAUUCAACUACAGAAUUAUUGUACGGCACAGAGGGCAGAUGUAGUCUCCACGCAUUUGUUUGGCACGGUGGACGCAGUACUCAGACUCAGUGCACCCUUCAAGAGAUUCACAACUCGGCUCCGUAACUGCUUGUGGUGGCGGUGCCAAUUAGAUGCUCAUUGUAAUUUCUCCAAGCACCACGUAAAGUGACGAAUGUAACGAUGGCUUUCUCCGAUGUCUCCCUGCUUGGGCCAAAUCUCCACUUGUUGGCCCUGUGCUGGCAGUGGGAACUCCACAAUCCUCUGGUGGGGGCGAGUCUGUCCGAAGGUCAUGCACCAUUGACUUCCCACAAAUCGAUGAUGGGCUGUCGCUCUCUCCAACGCCCAGAUGUUCAUAGUUUGCACAAGUACACCUCAAAAACGUCCGUGAAUCUAGUAACAUUCUGUGAAGAUGGUUGUGCAUCCCCUACACAGCGACUCGCAAUGCCUGUUGUGCUGGCUGAUGGGAGCCAGUUGAGUUGGGCGAGAUGCCGGCAAGGAGCGAUGAAUCGAUUAAUUGAUUACAAUGAAUGUGUACGCUCACAAUAUAUACGUAUGAAAUCCCGCGUAUAAUCAUCGAUUGUUCACGAUGUAAGCACCGUGUAAUGUUUGAUUUAGGCUAAUGCGAUGAUAAUGUAAAAAUUUUACAAACAAACAAUGCAGAUGAGAUGGUGAAGAAGAGACAAGAGAUACCUUUGACUGAAUGGCUGGGCCGCAGUGAGAGCAUCUUUAAAUAACUCGAGGGGGGAUGGGGAUGGUAGGUUUCUAAUAAAGAUUUUUGUUUAAUCUCAGCAGUUACAAUGACCUUUAUCCGUUAUGCUGUGGUCUUACGUGGUACUACAAACGUUCCUGUAUUUUUUGACUUGGGGGGGAAAUAUCUCUAUAAAUUCUUAUACGUGUACAGAAGAACUGUCUGCCUAAUAUUUUUCGUAGUUGAAUAAAAUUAUGCUGUGGCA